UUGAUGAAGUAGAGGGACGGAAAAUUAUAAGUCAGUCUAAAUUAUUGAGUAUUUAAAAAAAUAGUAAAACCAAAAAAAAAAAGAAAGCUUUUCAAGAAAAUGCGAGAAAUAGUAGUGUUUCACCUGGGCCAGUGUGGCAAUCGAGUGGCGGAAAAUUUCUGGGAAUACAUUUGUCACGAACACUGUUUAAAUACGGAAGGUCAGUUUGAAGGGCAGCACUAUCUAUCAUUGCAGCGUAUCAACGUGUACUUUGAUGAGUCACCGUGCUGCAACUUCGUCCCACGGUCGAUCUUUGCUGAUUUGGAACCGAGCACCUUGAAUUAUCUUCGCUGCAGUCGCUAUGGCUCCUUGUUCUCCCCGGAAAGCUUCAUCUCUGGGAAAACGAGCGCUGGAAACAAUUGGGCCCGUGGUUAUCACACUGAAGGGGCUGAACUGCUGGACCAAAUUGAGGACUGCACCCGCCGAAUGGUGGAAGGGUGUGACUGUCUGCAAGGUUUCCAACUGGUGCACUCGAUCGGUGGCGGUACCGGCUCUGGACUGGGAACGCUACUGCUGGAAAACUUGAAGGAUCACUUCCCGGGGAAGAUCACGAACACGUUCAGCGUUAUUCCUUCGCCGAAAGUGUCGGAGGUCGUGGUGGAACCGUACAAUUCUGUAUUUGCACUCAGCUCAAUGAUACGUUCGAGCGAUGAGACGUUCUGCUUGGAUAAUGAGGCACUGUACGAUAUCUGUGUGAAUACGCUGCGUCUGCCGGUGCCGGAUCUGGACGACUUGAAUCAUCUGAUUGCAUCGGCUAUGGCCGGUAUCACCUGUAGCUUUCGAUACCCGGGCCAGCUCAACUCCGACCUGCGGAAGCUGUUGACAAACAUGGUGCCCUAUCGAAGGUUACAUUUCUUCGUGCCCGGUCUUGCUCCGCUUUGUGCUCGCGACUCCGAAUGCUACCGACAGACGACGGUGCCGGAGCUGGUGUACCAGCUGUUCAGUACUAACAAUCUGAUGGCAGCGUGCGACCCUCAGCUUGGGACGUUUUUAACUGCAGCAGCCAUCUUUCGGGGCCGAUUGUCAACGCGCACGGUUGAGGAGCAUAUGGGCAGUGUGCGUUUGAAGAACGAACUCUCAUUCAGCAACUUCAUACCGAACAAUGUCAAGUCGGCCAUUUGUGAUGUGCCUCCGCGUGGCAUGAAAAUGGCCGCCACUUUUAUCGCCAAUACGACGUCCAUCACGCAACUGUUCCGACGCAUAACGGGCCAGUUCGGGACGAUGUUUCGACAGCGCGCCUUUCUGCACUGGUACACCGGUGAGGGUAUGGAUGAGGCUGAGUUUACCGAGAUGGAGAAAGGACUGGCUGACCUGGUGGAGGAGUACGACAGCUACAAAGAGGAAGGCAGGACCAAGGAUGAUGUUGAAGAUGAUGAUGAAGAAUAGAGAGGGGAGGCUAACAUCCGCCUUCAAGUAAUUAGGAAACUAUUACUACAAUAAAUAUCAUGCAACUAUAAAAUCUA